AGAGCCCAACACUUGACUACAGUUCCAUGAGAACAGGAACCUGGUCUGUCACAUUUAUUGUUGUAUCCCCAGCACCUAGAAUCUAGCAUAAAGCUGACGUUUAAUAAAUGUUUGUGGAAUGAAUGAGAUGUGGGACAUAUGGAUUUGGGAUAUGAAUUCAUUUGAAAAACCACUUUGGGGUUAUGAAUGUGAUUUCUGAUGAAACUGGAUUGGAAAUAUUUUCAUGAUCUUUGUAUAUUUAUAUAUAUAUAUAUAUUUUAAAAUUUCGCAUUUGACUUAAAGUGCCAUGAGAAAAUUUGCAUAUUGCAAGGUGGUCCUAGCCACCUCCUUGAUUUGGGUACUCUUGGAUAUGUUCCUGCUGCUUUACUUCAGUGAAUGCAACAAAUGUGAUGAAAAAAAGGAGAGAGGACUUCCUGCUGGGGAUGUUCCAGAGCCAGUACAGAAGCCUCACGAAGGUCCUGGAGAAAUGGGGAAACCAGUUGUCAUUCCUAAAGAAGACCAAGAAAAGAUGAAAGAAAUGUUUAAAAUCAAUCAGUUCAAUUUAAUGGCAAGUGAGAUGAUUGCACUCAACAGAUCUUUACCAGAUGUUAGGUUAGAAGGGUGUAAAACAAAGGUGUAUCCAGAUAACCUUCCUACAACAAGUGUGGUGAUUGUUUUCCACAAUGAGGCUUGGAGCACACUUCUGCGAACUGUCCAUAGUGUCAUUAAUCGUUCACCAAGACACAUGCUAGAAGAAAUUGUUCUAGUAGAUGAUGCCAGUGAAAGAGACUUUUUAAAAAGACCUCUAGAGAGUUAUGUGAAAAAAUUAAAAGUACCAGUUCAUGUAAUUCGAAUGGAACAACGUUCUGGACUGAUCAGAGCUAGAUUAAAAGGAGCUUCUGUGUCUAAAGGCCAAGUGAUCACUUUCUUAGAUGCCCACUGCGAGUGCACAGUGGGAUGGCUGGAGCCUCUCUUAGCCAGGAUCAAACAAGACAGGAAAACAGUGGUAUGUCCUAUCAUUGAUGUGAUCAGUGAUGAUACUUUUGAGUACAUGGCAGGUUCUGAUAUGACCUACGGUGGAUUCAACUGGAAGCUCAAUUUUCGCUGGUAUCCUGUUCCCCAAAGAGAAAUGGACAGAAGGAAAGGUGAUCGGACUCUUCCUGUCAGAACACCUACCAUGGCAGGAGGCCUUUUUUCAAUAGACCGAGAUUACUUUCAGGAAAUUGGAACAUAUGAUGCUGGAAUGGAUAUUUGGGGAGGAGAAAACCUAGAAAUUUCCUUUAGGAUUUGGCAGUGUGGAGGAACUUUGGAGAUUGUUACUUGCUCACAUGUUGGCCAUGUGUUUCGGAAAGCUACACCUUACACAUUCCCAGGAGGGACAGGACAGAUUAUUAAUAAAAAUAACAGACGACUUGCAGAAGUAUGGAUGGAUGAAUUCAAGAAUUUCUUCUAUAUAAUUUCUCCAGGUGUGACGAAGGUAGACUAUGGAGAUAUAGCAUCAAGAGUUGGUCUAAGACAAAAACUCCAAUGCAGACCUUUCUCUUGGUACCUAGAGAAUAUUUAUCCAGAUUCUCAGAUUCCACGUCACUAUUUCUCGUUGGGAGAGAUACGAAAUGUGGAAACAAAUCAGUGUCUGGAUAACAUGGCUAGAAAAGAGAAUGAAAAAGUUGGAAUUUUUAACUGUCAUGGUAUGGGAGGUAAUCAGGUUUUCUCUUACACUGCCAACAAAGAAAUUAGAACAGAUGACCUUUGUUUGGAUGUCUCCAAACUUAAUGGCCCAGUCACAAUGCUCAAAUGCCACCAUCUAAAAGGCAACCAGCUUUGGGAGUAUGAUCCCGUGAAAUUGACCCUGCAGCAUGUGAACAGCAAUCAGUGCCUGGAUAAAGCUACAGAAGAGGAUAGCCAGGUGCCCAGCAUCAGAGACUGCAACGGAAGCCGGUCACAGCAGUGGCUUCUUCGAAACGUCACCCUUCCAGAAAUAUUCUGAGACCAAAUUUACACACAAAAAGAAAAAAAUAAGGAUUGACUGGGCUACCUCAGCAUACAUUUCUGCCACAAUCUUAAGCAGCAAAAAAGGAAAAGUGCUUCCUCCUGCAGGAUAGGAUGUAAGGUUUAGCAGCCAUUAAAACUUAAGACUCUCACUUCUCACUUAGCUGUGAACCAGCCCUCCUGUCCAAGGUCGUGCAACUACAAUGUAGCGACAAGACUGUGCACACUGAUGUUUACAAGAUUGAAAGAGUCUUUCAUCAAGAAUCAUUGUAAAGAAUAUUCAGACAAUGAAUCAACAAAAUGUGCGUUCCAGAAAGCUGCACCUUUUAGGGUUUGCUUGCACAUCAGUAAUUUCUGCUGGACACACUGUCAUAAUGAAGAGAUUUCUAAGAUUUUUUCUGAUUAGAACUGGUAGCCAGUAUAUUAAAUAUUGAUAUAAAGAUAUAUGAAAAGAACUGGAACCAGGUUCAGAAUCAUGAAAGCAACAUUUUUACAAUUAAAAACUAUAUAAAACAGGGUUUAAAGGAAACUAAAACAGAAUAAGCAGUACAAUUUGUUAUAGUAUAGUAUCAAAUUUCUAUAUAGAUUUUAUACCUCAGUGGGGAAAAAUAACUGAUUCCAACGACAUUCAUUCUGUUUUCAUCUGUGAUAGUCAUGGAUGCUUUUUUAUUUCUCCUUGGGGUGCUGAAAUUGAGCUAGGGGAAAAAAAGGCUCUUUGAACGUAGUUUUAAUUGCUUUCUACAGUUUUUUAAAUUUUGUUUGUGGGCUGUUGGAAUUGUAAUUUUUAAUUGCCUUCCAAAAAUGGAGAUUUAAAAUAAUGUCUGGUCUCACUGAAUAGUUAGAUAUCUCAGUUGCUCUUGGGUCAACUGGCUUAUAGACUUCCACACACACAAAUUUAUUAGAUUUUCAACUUAACUUGAUUCAGCUGAUUAUGCUUACUACCCAAGAUUCAUACUACUGUACUACAGAGAUGUUUUCACAGCAAUAAAUCUUCAGUUUUUUGUUUAUGAUUCCACUCAACAAAAGGCCUGCAGAAGUGAUUUCUUAUUUGGGUAUUUGGAGAUGAUACAUUUGAUGUUUUUUUUGAAAACUGUUUUCACUCCAUACUCAAGAUGUGCUUCACUGUCAAGUGCAUAUUUAGUUUAGGUUCUUGAAUUGUAAUGUUGAUCUGCUGCUUUUUUUAAAAAAAAUAAAAUUUAACUGAAAAUGUUUAAUUGGCAUUUUUUAAUGAGUUAGUCAAAGAAGUGCAAUUAUUACUCCAUAUUAUUAAUCCUGCACUUCUCUAAAUUUAAUUUAGGUUAAAUCAGUUUUUUCUCUUGAUUACCAGUACUGCAGAAUAACCUGAAUACUAAUUAAAAGUUGAAUAUCAAUUAAGUGUUAUUCUCACAGAAAGAAAAUCUCAUUGUAACAUUUUUCCUGAUAUGUAAAGCAAUCCAUUGGCAAAAAUACAUAUAUUUUUUCUUUCUAUUUGUAAUAUUAUAUUUAAAUUAUAUUCUUUUCUUUGAUUAUCAAAGACUUUUGCUGCAGGCAGUGCUAUUUCUUGUGCCUAAGAAUGUUUCUGAAAGUUGCAUCGAUACUUGCCAAGUUGUACAGGAAGUUCUCAUAUCCUGUUCAAGUUAAUAUCAAGCACAUGUGGAUGCCUGAAGGUGAGUCUGUAGUACAGAAGGCAAACAUUUCGUCCCCAGGAAAUUUAAAAAUAAGCAGUGCUGGAUGGAAUUUUUUUCCUGCUCCAUGAGCUGUGUUAAUUCUAUCUUCAGUAGGCCUAAUGCUUGGAUGAACCAGAUGUCUAAUCAAUAAAUUAUUUUCAUGCUCAGAUUUUCAGGUUUUGUACUCUAGCAUAGCUUUAUCUUACUCCUUACUGUAAGAAAGCUUAAUAGCAAUGUGAUUUAAGGUUUUGUUUUUUGUUUUUUAAGAGGGGGAUGUGAGUGAUUUAAUUCAUGGGUACUUUUAGAACCUGAUAGAUAAUCCCAUUGCCUUUAUUUUUCUAAUUAAAGAAUUCCUAAAGACUUUGAAAAUAUAAAAUAUUCCUGAAUAGUUGUGCCUUACAUUGGUGUUAUUUGAAGUUAAAAUGGGUCCCUGUUCGUUAUAUCCAUUUGUAGAUUAGACAGUAUGCUAAUCAUUCAGUUGUGAAACUGAAAAAGGAAAGGAUCAAAAGAUGGGACUAUUAUUUGACCAGUGAAGAAUUCAUAAACGUAACAAGAAUAAUUUAAAAAUCACAAAUCAAUCCACUCUACUUUAAUCCCAGUCCAUGUUAAUGUCUUUCCGUUCUUGUUGGCAUUCUUGAAAAACCUUACUUUAUUCACCAUUCUGCAAAAAAGGGAAAAAAAGGACAUGUAGGCCAUGGCCUCCUCACUUCCUUAUUGCACCUUCAGCUGAAAAACAGAGGUUUCUCUGUAAAGACUUGGUGCUCUUCUUAUCUCCCAGUAAGUAUAGCGAGAGUAGGUUUAACUCUAAAAUUACAUGUUCUUCAAAGGAAAAAAAGAAAAUCAGAAACUAAUGUUUGAGGUGAAAAUUGUAAAAGGAAGAAUACAAACAAUAAAUCACAUUUUUACAGUUUGAAAAAUCAGAUGUAUUUCCAUUUACAUGCCACUGCUCCCAUUCUGAUUUAUUGAAGAUUACCAAAUGUUUGCUUUAUAAAUCUAUUAGAACUAAAAAAUUUGCAGGAUAUGAGGCAAAGCUCUCAUUGUGCUGUCUAUACACUAGCAAAAACAAUUAAGUAUUUAAUUUUAAAAUGUUUAGGUUUAGUCAUAUAGGUUAAAUAACUCAAAAGAGAGUUAAUAAAAGAUGUGCAAGACUUCUACCAUGAAAACUACAAAGUGUUGCUGAGAGAGAUUAUAGAACACUGCAAUAAUAUUAUGCUCAUGGAUUGAAAGACUGAAAAUGUUAAGAUCUCAGUUUUGCACAGAUCUAUAGCUUCAACAUAAUCAGAAUCUUAUGAGGCACUCAUAUAAAUUGGCAAAUAUAUAUCAAAAGGCCACACACCCAGAAUCAAGAUAAUAUUGAAAAAAUAGGCUUACACUAUUCAAUUUAGUGACUUGCUUUAAAGCUAUAGUAAUUAAGAGAGAGUGGUACUAGAGUUAGGGCAAACAGGUCAGUGAAUAGAAAAGAGUCCAGAAACAGACCCACACAUUAGCAUAUGUUUAUGGCCAUUGGCUUUUCAACAAAAACACCAAGCAAUUCAAUAGGGAAAAGAAAGGUUUUUGUUUGUUUGUUUUUAAGUUGGAGCUGGAUUAACUGGAUAUGUGUAUUUUUUACAAAAUUGGUGCUUUCACACAGUUCACAAUUUAUUCAAAAUUAACCACAGACCUCAAUGUGAAGGACAAAACAAUAAAUCUAGAAGAACACAAUGUCUUCAUGACUCUUGGGGCAGGCAGACAGCUUUAGGACACAAAGGACAUUAACCAUAAAAGAAAAAGAAAUAAUAAACUUCACAAACAUUAAACCCUUUUCCUAAAAAAGAUACUGUUAAAGUGAAAUGGCAAGCGACACCCAAGAAGAAAAUACAGGGUCCGGCAGAAGUAACACCUGCUUGAGUGUGGUUGGUAGGGUAAUAAUAUGGGUGUAAUAAUUUAUAGUUUUAACUUGAACAUUUCAUCUAAAAUGUCAUAUGGUAUGCUAAAGUGUGAGAGUGCUAUGUUUCAGAAUUACAUGCUUAUGAUUUUGUAAUAAAAGAUUUUGUAAUA